AUCUGAUUGGAUGGUUUACUGUCUGACUAACUAGCCGACUGGUCGUCUGGUUGACUGAACGCUCCCCACUACGCCGCUGUCUGUUGUUUCCUCUUCAUAUAAAAGCCAAUGAUCACUAUAGCAGCGUUACUCAGAGGAAGCCGAGCCGCCUGCUGCGUUAGACAGCUCCACACCACACUCACCGUAAACAUGCCCAUCCAGGUUGGCGAGAGUCUCCCAGCUGUGGAGGUCCAGGAGGGAAGCCCAGACCAAAAAGUAUCUAUGGAUCAGCUCUUCAAGGGGAAAAAGGGAGUUCUGUUUGCAGUGCCAGGGGCUUUUACUCCUGGAUGCUCCAAGACCCAUCUCCCAGGGUUCGUCCAGGAGGCCGAACAGCUGAAGAGUAAAGGUGUGCAGGAGGUGGCCUGCGUCUCCGUGAAUGACGCUUUUGUCAUGGCUGCGUGGGGCAAGGAGCACGGCACAGAUGGCAAGGUGCGAAUGCUGGCAGACCCCACAGGAGCUUUCACUGCGGCAGUUGAUCUCUUUCUGGAUAAUGAUGAGAUUAUCCAGGUGCUCGGUAACAAGAGAUCCAAAAGAUACGCCAUGCUGGUUGAGGACGGUGUGGUGAAGAAGCUUAAUGUGGAGCCUGAUGGCACUGGCCUCACCUGCAGCUUAGCCUCCAACAUCCUCUCUGAACUAGUCUAAAACAGUCUGCAACUAUUCUGACCAACGCACACCGAUCCGUAGUUACUGUAACUGUUACACCUCUCUUCGUAGAUCACUUCUAGUUCUGUGUUUAAAAAACAAAGCCAAAAAGGCGUAUCAGUAGUAAUGCACCCAAAGAAAAAGGUACAGCAGUAAGCCUAUAUUUUUUAGUAGACAAUCUUGCAAGGAAAGGUGCUUCCCUGUAGAAGAGUGCUUAAGGGCUUUAUACAGGAAUAUACUGGAUUUCUGUCUAAGCGCACAAUAUAAACUCAAAGCGUACAAAUGUUAUGAUGAAACUUUGCACAACACCACUGUUCCUUUCAAUACAUUUGUUACUUCUCCAACAAUAAACUCCUUAGAACCUUUGCA